AUUCCGGUGCUGAGCCUGAUGUUGGUGAUGAAGGGGAGUAAAUUUCCUGUGCGUUGCAAGGACGUGUCAUCCUUUGCCUCUGAAAAGGUCAUCAGGCAUACGGUACCGUUGCCCCUGGAUGACUCGAACACCAUUUGACGGUCACUAACUCAUCACGACACCAACGGCUCUGACAGAGGCAGGCAGCCAGGAGCUCCGUAUGAAUAACAAAGCAAUCAAAGAAAGUGGUGAUGAGACGAGUCGUCCGACCCCCAAGGCAAGCCUCGCUCCCUCCAGUAAAAUUGGCGUGGUUAGCUGGCCCAUCCCGCGAAGGAUCGAGGGCAGUGGUUGGCCGAGACAGUGCCACCGCCUUUCUGUCUCUGAAAUGGGGGAGCUCCGGCACCCAAAACAGGAGGAUGGCCAAGGGCACACUACUGGUAAGUACAGCUGGGGGGGGGACUGGUGUGGUCAUCACGGCAGGCAACUGGAAGAAACUUGACUGGCUCAGGGAAUUGCAGACCGCUGAAAUUACGACUCUGUCCCACGAUCGAAAUAUCCACAGGACUCAGGAGGAGUCAAGGACCCAUACCUCCGCAGCAAGGUGUCAGCAGCGAGAGGCCGAAGGGGGCAGUUCGGGGCAGUUCCGGAGGCAGUUCGAGUCCAGCUCUGAGCAAUUAUUGCAAUGGGCAUGUGUCUGUCUUGCGAGUUCCUGUGUUCACGUGAGGGGAAAGGGGCGCUGCUCUGGCUAGAAUGAGUUCUGUGCAGCUGGAGCAUCGAAAGCCGUCUGUUGAGCCACGGGCAGUGAACGUACUCCGUAAUUUAACAAUAAGAGACCAGUGUUGGCGGGCGGAGAACAAAAGG